GCAUUUUCUAAUCUUACCUGACCUAAAAAUGUUUGUAUUUUUCUGACACAUAAUUUAGACAAUAUAAUUAUUUUGCACUGUUAUAACAAAACAUAUUAUUAUAUUGUUUCAUUUCAUAUACUGAAACACAGUCUAAGUUGUUAAAAACCUGGUCUUCCCCUAUUAACCGCAAAAAUCACCCCCUCUCUCUCUCUCUCUCUCUCUCUCUCUCUCUCUCUCUCAUGCAACUGCACAAACUUCAAGGUUUUUUUCUGCUCCUUUUUCUAUGUCAGCUUUCACUUCACUUUAUUUCUUUCUCUCUCUCUCACUGUACUCACUUCACUCUCAACUACUACAUUUCAAGCAACAUUAUUACCUCAUCUUCUUCUCUCCUCUUUCUUUUUUUCAUCACAAAAAUCAUCAUGAUGCUUCUGUAACAAUUUCUGCUAUUGUUAGAUUCUCUACCUGUUUUCUCUGUAUUGUUUGUGUGCCGAAUCAGCUGUAGAAGUUGCUCAUAUAUACAACAUUGGCAAGUAAGUUAGCAGUUGCAAACAAUGAACAGAAAAAGGCGUCUAAAUCAAUCGACCACUGCAAUCGAUUCUCACCCCUUCGAAGCAGUUACCUUUGGCUCAUGGCAUCCGGUGGAGUUCAUAAAAGUUAAGUCGGGAACUGUAACCAUACAUUUUGCAGAUAAUCACCAUAUGGUUAUGGACAAAGGUACUUUAUCAGACAUUCGUAUGAGGUCAAGGAAAACUACAGUGUCAGAUUGCUCUUGUUUCUUACGUCCUGGAAUCGACAUCUGCGUGCUAUCACCCCCUCAACGAGCCAAGGAUGCAGUUGGUUCAAAUCUCGAGCCCGUUUGGAUGGAUGCUAGAAUAAGUUCUAUACAGAGAAAGCCUCAUGGCGCAGAGUGCUCGUGUCAGUUUUUCGUCAAUUUCUAUGUUGAUCAAGGUUCACUUGGUUUAGAGAUGAGAACUCUUUGUAAGGAUAUCAAAGUAUUCAGACUCAAUCAGAUCUCCAUCCUCCAAAGAAUUGAACAUAGUCCUUGUGAAAAUAAGCCCUACCGUUGGUCUUCAUCCGAAGAUUGCUCUUCGUUGCCACACACUAAAUUGCUUUUGGGAAAAUUUUUAUGCGAUCUUUCAUGGUUAAUUGCUACAUCGGUUCUCAUGAAAGUUGCGUUCUGUGCAAGAUCUGUUGAAAACAAGAUGGUGUAUCAAGUUUUGGGAGGUGAUAAUAGUAUUGGCUCUUCGUCGAACACUGAGUCUCAUAUUGAUGUUAUUGGUUUCAAAAACGAUAAUGGCAUGUUAGUACCGAUUGCUUCUCAAGUUGCUAUAACUAACACCAAGAAAGUUGACCAAGCACAAGAAUCCCAUACAGAUGAAGCGUCGCCGUCUUAUAAUGUUGACGGCUUACGACGCUCCAAACGCCGGCAUGUACAGCCGGAUCGUUACCUUGGCUGUGAAGUUAAAGAAUUGGAUGUUGGUUCCUUUAGAAACAGGCCACCGGUUAGGAUAGAUACAUCCACCAAAGAAGAUGACUUGCCGUUAUCGUGCUUGUUUCGUUUGCAGCAACAGAAGAGUCCAGAAAAGAUCACCGACAAAUCUCAGAAGAUCAACCUACCGAAUCCCUGCCGGGAGCUUCUAGUGUACAACAGGAGGGCUAAAAAUCGAGAGGUGAAGAAGUUUAGUGAUGUUGAUCAUAAUGAACAUCAAAAUCCACUUGCUAUUAUCCCUUUUACUAAUCAAGAUGCUGAUCCAAUAGCUGUUGAGCCUAGCGAUCAAAACAGCAAUGUUGCUAAAAGUGGUGAAUCAUCUGAAAUUUCUUCAAAAUAUCGUCAUUUGAUUAAUACUCCUAAACCAAGGAAAAACAUUAAUUUGUUAGAUAUUCCUGAAAAUUCAGAAGAUGCUGCGAAGAGCGACGAUGUUUCUUCAAGAUGUCAAUUUUUUGGAACCCCUAAGUUACAAAAGAAGAGUUUAGGUGAUUUGGACGCUAUGGAUCUUGGAAAUAGAUGGGAAGGGAUAAAAAGGAAAACCAAUAAAGGAUUUAAGGAGGGAAAAUAUCGUUCAACGUAUUUAAGAAAUCCCGGCGAAGGAGGAACUCACAGAUAUAAAGAUAGAACAUUAAAUGCAUCUGCAUACAAGAAUUUGAUAAAUUCAUAUUUAUCGAAUAUUAAUACAACAAUACCGGUCGAAGAAACCCCUAUUACUGACCAGUGGAAGAAAUGUAACACAACAAAUGUUGCUGGACAAAAUGAGGAGACGGAUGCUUCUCAUGAAGAAUAUGAGAAAGAAAAAGCUGAAGAGGAUAUGUUGUGGAAAGAACUUGAAGUCGGACUGGCAUCAAUUUAUUUCGAUGACUCGGAGGUUUCAAAUGCAAACGCUUCUGCCGAGGCUGAGGAAAAGUUGAAAGAAGUUUGUGAACAUGAUAAUAGAUUGGAUGAAGAAAUUGGAAUAUACUGCAUUAGAUGUGGCUUUGUGACCACUCAUAUCAGAGAUGUUAAUCCAAUCUUUGUUGAAAAGGCAGUGUGGCGCCAAGAUGAGAAGCCUUGUGAUGGAGGAGAAGAUAAAGAAGAGCCCACGGCUGAUGAAGAUGAUGAUUUCCAUUUUUUCCCAACUGAUGCUAAUCCUGAAGAACCAAUAUCGGAAGAAAACCAAAGUGUUUGGUCAUUAAUUCCUGAACUCAAAGAAAAGUUGCAUGUGCACCAAAAGAAAGCUUUUGAGUUUCUUUGGCAAAACAUUGCAGGGUCAUCAAAUCCAGCACUAAUUGAAGCAGAAUCGAAAAAAAGAGGUGGUUGUGUGAUAUCUCAUACUCCUGGAGCCGGAAAAACUUUUCUCAUCAUUGCUUUUCUUGUUAGCUACUUGAAGUUAUUCCCUGGGAAGAGGCCUCUAGUUCUUGCUCCGAAAACUACGCUCUAUACUUGGUAUAAAGAAUUUAUCAAGUGGGAGAUUCCUAUACCGGUGUACUUGAUUCACGGUCGUAGAACCUAUAGGGUGUUCAAGCAGAAUUCAGUUGCAGUUCUUCCUGGAGUUCCUAAGCCUACCGAUGAUGUCAAACAUGUUUUGGAUUGCCUUGAGAAGAUACAAAAAUGGCAUUCACAUCCGAGUGUUCUAAUCAUGGGCUACACUUCGUUUUUAACAUUGAUGCGAGAGGAUUCGAAGUUUGCUCACAGAAAGUUUAUGGCAAAAGUGUUGAGGGAAAGUCCUCAACUCUUGGUACUUGAUGAAGGUCACAAUCCUAGAAGCACUAAAUCAAGGUUGCGAAAAUGUUUGAUGAAAGUGCAAACCGAAUUGAGAAUAUUACUUUCUGGUACUUUGUUUCAAAAUAAUUUCUGUGAAUACUUCAACACUCUAUGCUUGGCAAGACCAACAUUUGCUUACGAAGUGUUGAAAGCAUUAGACCCUAAAUACAAGAAGAAAAAGAAAGGAGUAGCAGGAAAAGGAGCAGAAAAAGCACAAUAUUUGAUCGAGUCAAGGGCUAGAAAAUUCUUCUUAGAUACAAUCGCUAAGAAAAUUGACUCAAAUGUUGGUGAUGAAAGGCUGCAAGGCUUAAACAUGUUGAGAAAUGUGACAAAUGGUUUUAUUGAUGUUUAUGAAGGUGGAAGUUCUGAUGAUUUACCUGGUUUACAAAUUUAUACAUUGCUAAUGAACACAACCGAUAUACAGCAUGAGAUUCUGAAGAAACUUCACAGCGACAUGGCUAAAUGCAGUGGUUACCCUCUCGAGUUAGAGCUUUUGAUAACUCUCGGAUCGAUACAUCCUUGGUUGGUCAAAACCGCGGUAUGUUCUCAGAAAUUUUUAACAAAGGAGCAAUUGAGUGAUCUAGAUAAGUACAAGUUUGAUUUGAAAAUUGGUUCAAAAGUAAGAUUUGUUUUGAGCCUUAUCUACCGUGUUGUCAAGAACGAAAAGGUUCUUAUCUUUUGCCACAACAUUGCUCCUGUGAAAUUAUUUCAAGAAUAUUUUGAGAAGUUCUUUGGAUGGCAAAAAGGCCGCGAAGUUUUAGUACUAACCGGGGAACUCGAGCUCUUCGAACGUGGGAAAAUAAUGGAUAAAUUUGAGGAACCCGGUAGUGUAUCUAAGAUACUACUUGCUUCAAUUACAGCCUGUGCUGAAGGCAUUAGUUUGACAGCAGCGUCUCGUGUGAUUAUGUUGGAUUCAGAGUGGAACCCUUCGAAAACAAAGCAAGCUAUUGCACGUGCGUUUCGUCCCGGACAGCAGAAAAUGGUUUAUGUUUAUCAGCUCUUGGUGACAGGUUCAUUGGAGGAAGAUAAAUAUCGAAGAACCACAUGGAAAGAGUGGGUGUCGAGUAUGAUUUUCAGCGAGGCGUUUGUCGAGGAUCCUUCUCGUUGGCAAGCUGAGAAGAUCGAAGAUGAUAUUCUAAGAGAAAUGGUCGAGGAGGAUAAGUCUAAAUCAUUUCAUAUGAUUAUGAAGAAUGAAAAAGCUUCAACAAACAACAGAUAAAAGGACUAUCCGAUCCGAAGCUCAGAAUUUCUGUGAGAGCAUCAAUAAAUGAUUCAAGCCUACUUCUCAACAAGUUUCUUUAUGGAGACCCCCCUCCCCAAAAAAUAAAGCUUGUGGAUUUGGUUCAGGCAUAUUCUAGUUAUGUACUUGUGAUAAAUUUCGACAUUUUUUCGACUUUGGUACUUUGGAGGUUUACCUAAGUUAUGUGGCAUGUAACAAAAGAAUAAAACUAGGAGUGUUGCCAUGCCAAUUGAAUUAUAAAGAUGCUGCUGCAUAACUUUUAUGGUUUUUAAUGUCA